AUGGGCAGCUUCGGUCAGAUAUUCAGCAAGGAUACCCAAGCUAUAUUUUACAACUGGAAAGCCAAUCCCGUCCAGCGAAUGCUGGACUUUGACUUCCUCUGCGGGCGGACCAUUCCUUCCGUAGCAUGCGUUGUGCAGCCUGGGAACCCUGGCGGGUUUCAGAAGGUAUUCUUUGGGCGAGAGGAGGUUGCUAUCCCCGUGUCAGGCAGCGUGCCAGAGGCUGUCAAGCUGCACCCCAAGGCAGAUGUCUUCAUCAAUUUUGCAUCGUUUCGGAGCGCGUACGAGUCGAGUAUGGAGGCGAUGAAGCAGCCCACCAUCCGCGUGGUGGCAGUGAUUGCCGAAGGUGUGCCUGAAGCGGACACAAAGAAGCUCAUUGCCUACGCACGGGCCAACAACAAGAUCCUUCUUGGGCCGGCCACUGUUGGUGGAGUGCAGGCAGGAGCAUUCCGCAUUGGAGACACCGCAGGCACGCUGGACAACAUCGUUGCAUGCAAGCUGCACCGGCCUGGAUCCGUAGGCUUUGUCUCCAAGUCCGGCGGCAUGUCCAAUGAGAUGUACAACGUCCUGUCCCGCACAACUGACGGGCUCUACGAAGGAAUCGCUAUUGGUGGUGAUGUCUUCCCUGGGUCCACUUUGUCGGACCACUGCCUGCGAUAUGAAAAUAUCCCACAGAUCAAGUUGAUCGUGGUGCUGGGAGAGCUUGGAGGCCAGGAUGAAUACUCUCUGGUCGCAGCGCUGAAGGAGGGGCGAAUAAAGAAGCCGGUGGUGGCCUGGGUCAGCGGGACCUGCGCAAAGCUGUUCAAGAGCGAGGUGCAGUUCGGCCAUGCUGGCGCCAAGAGCGGCGGCCAGAUGGAGUCUGCACAGGCAAAGAAUGCAGCGCUGAAGGAGGCGGGCGCAAUCGUGCCAGACUCUUUUGAGGCGCUGGAGGGCGCUGUAAAGCAGACUUACGACAAGCUGGUGGCCGAGGGCAUCCUGGUGCCACAGCCAGACGUGCCCGCCCCCAGUGUUCCACUUGACUUGGAAGCUGCCAAGAAGGCCGGCAAGGUGCGAGUGCCAACGAACAUUGUCUCGUCCAUCUGCGAUGACCGCGGGGAGGAGCCUACCUACAAUGGCGUGGACAUGAGCACUCUCAUUGAGGGUGACUACGGCGUUGGGGACGUUAUUUCCCUGCUAUGGUUCAAGCGGGCCCUGCCAAAGUAUGCGACGCGCUUCAUCGACAUGUGUGUCAUGCUCUGCGCGGAUCAUGGCCCCUGCGUGUCAGGUGCCCACAACUGCAUCGUGACCUCCAGGGCUGGCAAGGACUUGGUGUCCUGCCUGGUGUCAGGCCUGCUCACGAUUGGGCCCCGCUUCGGAGGAGCCAUUGAUGACGCAGCUCGCUACUUCCAGGACGCCUGCGACCGGGGCCUGGAUGCGGAUGACUUUGUCGAGGACAUGAAGAAGAAGGGCAUUCGGGUGGCUGGCAUUGGCCACCGCAUCAAAUCAAAGGACAACCGCGACAAGCGCGUGGAGCUGCUGCAGAAGUAUGCGCAAAAGUUCUUCCCCAGCACGCGCUACCUGGACUAUGCGCUGACUGUGGAGCGCUACACGCUGACCAAGGCUGCCAACCUGGUGCUCAACGUGGAUGGCUGCAUCGGCGCCCUCUUCCUGGACCUGCUGCACUCCUCCUCAAUGUUCUCGCAGGUUGAGAUCCAGGACAUUGUCAAGAUCGGCUACUUGAACGGUUUGUUCGUGCUCGCGCGCUCCAUUGGGCUCAUUGGCCACGCCCUGGACCAGAAGCGCCUCCAACAGCCACUGUACAGGCAUCCUUGGGAUGAGGUUCUGUACACCAGGUAGUGGGCCAGCAGUGAAAAUGCCCCACCGCUGGGCAGACGGCUCAGUUUUGGUACCAGCCAUGUGCUUAGGCUGGCAAACCCUGGUGCUCUGCUAUUGUGUGCCUAUCUUCUCGAAUUGGCUGUAGAAAACAGUCACUGGCCAGGCACUUACUAAGUAGGUCUAGUAAGGUAUGUGUGAUUUCUCUCUAGAAGGGAUAUAAGAUUGUUCACAAAGCUCGAGCAUUACGGUCUAAAUUUGAACGCAUGCACAAGCAAUAAUACUCUGUUUCAGAAGUCCAAUCAGAAUUAUAUUCAACAUC